UGCAGUUCAGUACAGCACCAGCUUCCGUUGGCUACCGAAAUAUCGCCUCAGUAGAGCCUCAAGCAUUCGAUUGGCGUGAGCGCAGUGCCGAACCGAAAGAUUUACAACCAGUUUUGUGAGCAACAUUUUGUCGAUAAAAGAUCGAAAAAAAUAUCUGUUCGUAACCAGGCGCCACGCUAGCGAAAUAUUGAGUAAAUGGAGCAAAUAGUGAAAAAUCGUGAUGUGGAGAAGUUUGUGUCGGAAACGAAGUACUUCUUGGAUGAGUUCGAUUCCAUCAUCAGCCACUGGGAUCUGUCGGGCAACUUCUUCCUGCACUACCUGAUCGAAAUUCACGAAAAUGUAACGCAACUACUAUCCCGGUUCACCACGCUUUCCCUCGAGGGUGUCGGAGACCGGAAGAGCAAACCCUUCUUCAAUCUAAGAUGCUGCGAUCUCGAAUUUCAAACAGUCAAGGACCUUCGACUUCACCAUCACUCCUGCCGGCAUAAGAAAUCGCACUUUGAAGAAACAGACAACUGCGAGCUCAAAUCUGCCCUGCUGAAACUGGCCUUCUUCAACCGGAGGGUGAACGAGUACGUGCAGUAUGGAACCGUAGCGGACCGAUACCUUUGCCUUUACUUGAAGAAAAUAAUGAAGAAAAUCAUUAUCACGCUCGAUACAUUCAAUCUGUAGCUACAGCGAUGCUAUCAACAUUCGGGUAGCUUUAAGGAUAGUUUAUAAUACAGCGUUAAUGAUAGGCAAGAGGCUUAAGGUUAGAUCAUUAAGUAAUUUGUAAAAAUCAGGUGUAACGGUAAGAAUGGUGUCUGUAAUUCAAUCCCUAUGAGGAUACAAAAUACGCAAUAAACAUUGCAAAUGAUGGACAGAAGUGCGUUAAUGAACAAUGUACG